AUGACUAAAUUAGCCACCGAAGUCGUCUUCACCUUGAACAACCACACCAAGAUCCCUGCUCUCGGGUUGGGUACCGCUACACCUUCAGAGAAGAAUGCUGAGACCAAGGAAGCGGUUAUUGCUGCCGUGAAGGCCGGAUACAGACAUAUUGACACUGCCUGGUACUACGGGACCGAAAAGUAUAUUGGCUACGCCUUGGAGGAAUUGUUUGCCGAGGAAAUUGUCACGAGAGAAGAAUUGUUCAUCACCACAAAGGUCUGGCCCUCCAUGCACUCCAACCCAGCCAAGUCCUUGGAACAAUCCUUGCAGGAUUUGGGGUUGGACUACGUAGACUUGUUUCUUCAGCACUGGCCCUUAGCGUUCCAGAGCGACGAAGACGGGAAGCCUAGCGUUCCCCGCAGUGCUGACGGCACUAUCCUCAUGGACCCACAGGGAGAUUUCAUUGCCACCUACAAGAAGAUUGAAGAUCUCUACAAGCACACCGAUUUGGUCAAAGCUAUUGGUGUUUCCAACUAUUCUCAAUCCUUCUUGGAAAAAUUAUUGGACCAGGUGGAUGUGGUGCCUGCCGUGAACCAGAUUGAGUUGCACCCGCAAUUGCCUCAGAAAGCCUUGUGCGAUUACUGCACUGAGCACCACAUCAUCGUGACUGCGUAUUCUCCUUUAGGCUCCAGCGGAGCGCCGGUGACGAAGUUGCCAUUGGUACAGAAGUUGGCGAAGAAGUACGGGGUCAACGAGAACGAAUUGUUGCAGUCCUACCACAUCAAUUCCGGGAGAGUUGUCAUUCCAAGAUCUACCAAUCCCGAUAGAAUUGCCAGCAUCGUCCGAUUGGCAGAGCUUUCCCAGGAGGACUUGCAGGCGUUGUACCACUUGGGUGAGGAGAAUCCAAAGAGAUACAUCUGCGACCCGUGGGGUAAGAAUCUCGACUUUCAAUGGUGGGAUUAA